UUGCUUCCCCUGUUCAGCAAGCAGCAGGAGCGCAGAAAGAAGCGCCGCCUCUCCAUUUCGCUAACCCGCUCUGCAAUCUUGUGAAAGGUCGCUGGUGGUAAAUGAAGAGGGGAGCCCCCCCCUCUCUCCACCUCCCCUUUCAAGCCUUCCCAGCCCCCCUCCGCCGCCGCCGCCGCCCUUGCCCUGAACUGGAUCAUCCUGCGCCGCAGCUGACAUUGAGCGCACGCUUUGCGCAAGCAGCGCCUGUCCCCAGCCAGUGCCGGACGGAGGGGGUCGCUGGUGCCUCGGCUGGAUCGCCUCUGCUGCAACCACGUGUCUCCCUCGCCAGCUGCCUGUCACACACCACAACAAGAAAGCCAGUGGGGGGAUCUUUUUUGAUCGCCAGCAGAAGGAACGCCCGACUUUCCCCAGUCUAGGUUAGUGGUGAGAUGGAAGAAAGCAGCCUGGGCACCAUGCAGCAGAGAGCGACCGAGCUGGAGCACAUGGCCGAGGUCCUGCUUACAGGGGAGCAGUUACGGCUCAGACUGCAUGAAGAAAAGAUAAUUAAAGAUCGGAGACAUCACCUGAAGACGUAUCCAAACUGCUUCGUUGCCAAAGAACUGAUUGACUGGCUGAUUGAUCACAAAGAGGCCUCUGACAGGGAGACUGCAAUUAAACUAGUGCAAAAAUUACUGGAUCGUAGCAUCAUUCACCACGUUUGCGAUGAGCAUAAGGAAUUCAAGGACCUCAAACUUUUCUACCGCUUUCGGAAAGAUGAUGGAACGUUCCCACUUGACAACGAAGUGAAGGCCUUCAUGAGAGGACAGAGGCUGUAUGAAAAGCUGAUGAAUACCGAAAAUGCACUUUUACAAGCCAGGGAAGAGGAAGGAAUAAAAUAUGAACGCACUUUUAUGGCAUCUCAGCUGAUUGACUGGUUGAUCCAGGAAGGGGAGGCCACUACAAGGCCUGAAGCUGAACAACUUGGCCGCAGGCUGCUGGAGCACGGAAUUAUACAGCAUGUGUGCAACAAACACCAUUUUAUAGACAGCAAUCUGCUGUUCCAGUUCCGAAUGAAUUUCCGCCGGAGGAGGAGAUUGAUGGAGCUGCUCGCUGAGAAGUCCCGCUUGAUGCCGGAGAGUCACGACAGUCCCUUUUGUCUACGAAAGCAGAACCAUGACAAUAAAAAGCACACCAGUUUCCUCUCAGUGAGCCCCACCAAGGAGAUAAAGAUUGUCUCAGCAGUGAGACGGAGCAGUAUGAGUAGCUGUAGCAGCAGUGGGUACUUCAGCAGCAGCCCAACGAUCAGCGGCAGUCCUCCAGUUCUGUGCAACCCCAAAUCUGUAUUGAAGAGACCAGUGACUCCUGAUGAACUUCUGAUGCCUGGGGCACCAUAUGCCAGGAGAACCUUCACAAUUGUAGGCGAUGCCGUCGGGUGGGGAUUUGUGGUGCGUGGGAACAAGCCUUGCCACGUCCAGGCUGUGGAUCCCAGCGGCCCAGCAGCUGCAGCAGGAAUGAAGGUCUGCCAGUUUGUGGUUUCGGUGAAUGGGCUGAACGUCCUCCAUGCAGACUACAGGACAGUGAGCAACCUCAUCCUGACUGGUCCUCGAACCAUCGUCAUGGAAGUGAUGGAGGAGAUAGAGCCUUGAGGAGGACACUUUGAGAUGAGGACAUAUACCUUGUCCAAGACAAUUAUCCUGCCUUCGAAGUACUUUCCUCCCUCCCCUCCACCCCCAGUUUACCAGUAAUAAAUACUUGGGUGGAUACGCUCUUCAGCCAAUGUUUGUACCCAUGGUACUGAUGUGCAGACUCACCUGCGCUAUGCUGUGGGCCAGCUGCAUAUCCGGGAUGUAGCCAGCUCAGGUGGCCUGCAUCACAGAUGGCUGUGAUACCAACAGAAGGGUCAGAAUCAUGUCAGGAAUCGCAUCCUUGCAGGUUUCCCCAAUGCUAUGCCGCUCCUCUUUUCCUUCACAAUUUUAUUUCUGCGACGUAGCCGCCACUGAGAUCAUCCGAAGGACUUUCACCUUGGGAAUUGGGCAGCAUUGUAUAUUUUCAUGCGCACUUGUUAUCGGAACUGUAAUGUGCCAAUUGAAAGCAUCGCCAGGUGGUGUGUGUGCCUUGCUUCAGGAUGCUGUAGCAGAACAUCAAAUUCUAAUAAAUUAAAAGGAGGUGUAAAGGUAAAGGGACCCCUGACCAUUAGGUCCAGUCGUGACCGACUCUGGGGUUGCGGCACUCAUCUCGCUUUAUUGGCCAAGGGAGCCGGCGUACAGCUUCCGGGUCAUAACUAAGCUGCUUCUGGUGAACCAGAGCAGCGCAUGGAAACGCCGCUUACCUACCCGCCGGAGUGGUACCUAUUUAUCUACUUGCACUUUGACGUGCUUUUGAACUGCUAGAUUGGCAGGAGCAGGGACCGAGCAACGGGAGCUCACCCCAUCGCAGGGAUUCAAACCGCUGACCUUCUGAUCGGCAAGUCCUAGGCUCUGUGAUUUAACUCACAGCGCCAUACAGCAAAUGUGGCCUAAGUGAACAAUUUGGCUACACCCCGUGCAUUUUUCUGGCACUGUUAAGUCUUAAGUUGCAGAAUCGUCGAGUUUGAAGGGACCCGAGGGUCAUCUAGUCCAACAACCUGCAACGCAGGAAACGUUUGCCCAAUGUGGUGCCUUGAACCCACAUCCCUGAGACCAAGAGUCCCACGCUCUAUCCACUGACCAUUGUUCAGUGACUGAGCACAUGCUUUGCAUGUAGAAGGUCCCAGACUCCACACUUGGCAGCUACAGCCAAGCAAGUAGCGAUGAGAAAAGCUUCUGGCAGAGACCCUGGAGAUCCACUGCGAGGAUCUGGGUUUGCAUCUCUCCUCAAGCUUCCUGGGCAAGUCACUAUCUCUCAUCUUAGCCCAUGUCAGAGCAUCAUUGUGUGGCUAAAAUGGGAUAACUCCCUUGCGUGUUACCCUGAGCUCUGGAGAAGUGGCAGGAUGUAAAUAUGAGCAAAUAAAAUAUUUCUGAGUCUCGAUGCCGCAUCUUAAAAAUGAGGACAAUAACAAUCUACCUCCCGGGAUAUUGUGGUGAGUGUAAAAAUCCUUCAAACUCGUGCAUUAACUGAGCUUUCACAGGCCAUAUAGUUCCUUGAAAAGCGUGGCUUUAAUAGCACAGCGAUAACUAACAGUAUGAUGCUCAGUGGCUUAAAAGAGCCUAUUACGUAUACCGUUUGGGUGGAAUGACUGGAUCUGAGAGGCU